UAUAGAUAGUUAGAUAUAUAUACUAUACAUUCGUUCAUAUUCUUUGAUCUGAUUCAAUUAUUUCUUCAAAUUUUUUUUCAUCAUAACAAAAACUUUGAUCAAAACCAUUUACACAGCAUACAAUAAUUAAGGAGCAACCAUGAAUGACUUGUUCUCCGGCUCCUUCUCCCGCUUCCGCAGCACCGAUCAAGUCUCUCCGGACAACCAACACCAUGUCAUCGAGAUGGGGGCGACCGACGGCAACGUCCACCUCGACAAGUUCUUCGAGGAAGUGGAGGUCGUAAAAGAGGAGCUGAAGGAGUUGGAGAAGCUCCAUGAGAGCCUAAGAGUGUCCCACGAAAGGAGCAAGACCCUUCACAGCGCAGCCGUGAAAGAUCUUAGAGCCAGCAUGGACGCUGACGUGGCAAUAGCACUAAAAAAGGCCAAGCUUGUCAAGGUCCGACUCGAGGCACUGGACAGGUCCAACGCAGCAAGCCGAAGCUUGCCUGGUGCUGGACCUGGGUCUUCCUCGGAUCGGACCAGGACAUCCGUGGUGAGUGGAUUGAGGAAGAAGUUGAAAGAUUCCAUGGACAGCUUCAACAACCUUAGACAACAAAUAUCCUCAGAGUACAGAGAGACCGUACAACGUAGAUACUAUACUGUCACUGGAGAGAAUCCUGAUGAAAAAACCGUUGAUCUUCUCAUCUCUACUGGUGAGAGUGAAACCUUUUUACAAAAAGCAAUUCAGCAACAGGGGAGAGCCACAAUCAUGGACACAAUCCAAGAGAUUCAAGAGAGGCAUGACACAGUUAUGGAGAUAGAGAGGAGCCUCAAUGAGCUUCACCAAGUGUUCUUGGACAUGGCUGUUUUGGUCCAAUCACAAGGUGAGCAAAUAGAUGACAUAGAGAACCACGUGGCGAGAGCUAAUUCGUAUGUCCGCGGCGGGGUCCAGCAACUCCAGGUUGCAAGGAAGCACCAGAAGAAUACCCGGAAGUGGACCUUAAUUGCCAUCAUAAUAUUGAUCAUUAUCAUAUUGAUUAUAGUUCUUCCUAUUGUUUUAAAAAAUUGAUUAUUGCUUGGGUCAUGACUCAUGACAAAUUCAUAGUUAAUGAGAUGCUGAUUGGUGGCUAUGAACAUAUUGGACUAAUUCAAAACCUUAUCAAGAGUCAAGUCAACACCUUCUGCCACAUGACCAUUGCAUUGGAAAAUAAUACCUUGUUUACUAUUAUUUUUUACUAGAACCUACCCUGUUGAAGAUUAGAUUUUUGGUUUGGUUUCUACUUUCUAGAAUCUCAUGGUCAUGGUCCUUUAGAAGAUUCAUGUUGAUGCAUUCUUUUGCAUACAUGUAUUUUUUUGGAAAAUUUUGAAAUUUUCUUCUGCUGUAUCAUAUGUUAUAUAUUGGUGAGUUAAUUGCUUUGCAAUUUGCAGCAUUAAG